AUGGAUUCAAAGAUAUUUUUGUUUUUAUUUUCACUUCUGUUAAUACAACAGGUUUGUUAUUUCAGAAAAGUGCACCUUUUCUAGUGUUUUCAUGAGAUUUUAAUUCAAUUUUUGAAAAAUUAAAAAACUUCAAACCGGUUCUCAAAUUUUUUGCUGUUGAUUGAUUGUAGGUUAUAACAACACAAAAAACAUGAAUUAUGUCAGUCGGUGGAUCGAAAAACGAGAAUAAUUAUAAUAAUUUUUUGGGAUAUUCAUAUGAUUGAUUAUGUGAGGCGAGAGGCAUUUUGAAGUAGGAAAAAAUAAUUUCGGAUGAAAAUUCGGGAAAUCGAGAAAAAUUUUUAAAUGAUUUUUCUUGCGCAGAUUUUUUUAGAAGACUUUUGUUGAAACUUUUUAAGGAAUCUGAAGUUUGAAAUAUUUUUAUUAAAAAACUGCACAACUUGAACUGAAAAUCUUUUUGAUAUUUCAACAUUUAUCUCGCUUUUGGAACAAUUUUUCUCCAAAACCCAAGCUACAUUUUAAUUUGAAAUUUCAUUUUCUGAAGUUCCACCCAUUCUCAUUUUCUACCAAAAACUUUCAAUGAAAUAAAAAAACAUCCGCUUUCCCUACUGAACAAUAAAAAACCAAAUUUUUCUAGUUUCAUUUUUCCUUCUCUCAAUCAUAAAUAUCUGCGCGCAAGUUUUGUUUUUAUCACUUGUUGAUUGUUGAUAACACAAUUUUUUCUUACACACACACAUUUUUUUCAUUGUUACAACCUUCUUUGAAAUUCAUCCAACCAUAUCUGUCGGAACAAAACGAAAACAAAACAAGACUAUUUAUUUACAACUAUGUAAAAGUAUGUAAAACUAAAUAUCUCACUCACAUAAACCAAACCAUAUGUAUUCACAUUUUCAAUGUUCGUUCAAAUUAUUUACCAGUUUUUUGGAAACAUAUUUUGUAAUAUGAAAAAUAGAAAAAAAAUCGAAAGUUUUUGGGAAUUGGGUAAUUGAAUGGUCAUUGUUUGUGGUAAUUGAUUAGCUGAAAUUGACUUCUUGACUUUUUGAACAAAAACUUGACUGAAAAUUGAGAAACAGAAAAAAACUUCUCCUAUCAUGUCAUGUCAACCAGAAAAAAGAGUCACACUUUCAAUUUUUUCCAGGUGAAAUGUACAGUAUUCCUCGAUGAAGCCGAACAAUGCCAAAAGGAAGACGGUUACGGUCGACAGAAUUUUGUUUGUGAUGUUCACGGUCGAUUAGCUGCCACGACACGAAAAAAGUUGACUGAUAUUUUGGCAGGACUUAAAGAUCGAAUUGGGUAAGCAUUUGAUUUGAGGAUGGGAAAUGGGAAUGGGGAAUCUGAGGGAGCCAUUUUUUGUUAGCACAAUUUCCAGACCUAUAGAUUUUUAAUUUGGAAAUUCUCAAAAUAAUUUUGAACAUUUUAUAUCAGCAUAAGGGUCGACAAAAAUUGCAAGAUUUUAAUGGAACUGUAAGCUCAAAAAAUUAACUUCAAGUUCCAAUUUCGUCAAAAAUUCUGGGAGUUUUUUUCUUCAGAAUUUUGGAACUCUAUGAUCUACAGUGUUUUGUAGAUCAAAGUUUUCUCCCAAAAGCAACGUUGCACUUCCUAUCCGAAACAAAAAUCGUUCAGUCAUUUUCCUCAACUUCUUUGUCACUCAGAUUAGAAUCUCUAAAUAAAAUGGCGCCAAAAAUAUCUAGGCGCAUCUUUUUUUUUCUGCCGACCUCAUUUUUUUGGGUCGAGAUUUUGCGAAGAAGAAACAAAAAAUUACAUGAAACUAAUAAAUUUUUUAAUAGUGUCGCACUUAAAUAAACAUAGUUGUUGUCUGCUUCGAGAAAAGACCUUGAAGAAGCUGAAUCGAAUGUAAUACAAGCAAGCGAAAUUUAACUAGGUCUCCUCUCUAUUACAUACAUUUUAAUGACACAAAUAUAUAAAUAUCUGUUUGUUCUUCGCUGUUCUAAUAGUUCAUGAAUUAUUUUGAGAGACAGGGAUAUAAAAUUUGAAAAAAAAACUAUUUAGGAUAUCAGAAAAUGGUCCGUAGUCAUCACAAUGUUUAUCCCAAAUUUUUUUUUUGUUGGGGUGGUCAGAAGUCCAUCAAAGUUAUUCUAAUUUUUUUUUUGGAAAAUCUUGAGGGUCCCGAAAACUCCUUGUUGUUUUUUCCAGAUGUGAAUGUGCUGAUGGUUGUUUGAGAUCUGACGGAACCGAUUCAUUCAUCGGAUUGCUUCAUGUGACUUCUUCGAAAAACGUAAGUGAUAAAUUAGGUCAAAAUUGCCCAAGGUCGCCAUCUGAACCUAAUAUGUUUUUUUGCUGUUUUUUCUCUUUGUUUUGGUUGGGUCGAAACGAAAAGAGUAAGACAAAUUCGAAUUUCUUCAUUUGCCAUUGAAACUGACCGAAUGGAGGAAUUCAAUUUCAGUAAUUACUUAAUUUCAAGGUUCUCAAGAGGGAGAACUUUGGGCAAAAUAAGUAUUUUAUAAUUUUGAGGGAGAAGGGAACAGAAAAAAAAAAUGGAAAAAUGAUAUAUUUUUCUGAAUUCUCAGAGUUCUGGUUUACUUCCGAAACAAAUUCAACUGACCUUCCUUACAGACAGAUGAUUUGAAGCGUGACAUGGAAGCGGAAUACAAUAAUGCUGAACUCGGUAACACAACAUGUGAUCAUGGUUUAGUUAUGGUUUAUCUCAAGGAUACACAACAGGUUUGUAUAAUUUUCAAGGUUGAGCAUUGUUUUUUUCUUUCAGUUAGCCACUUUCCGUGGAGGUGAUUCAUUUGUUUUACUUGGAGAUGAUGAUAUGCAAAAACUACAUAAAUUAGCAGCACAAGGUUCGGAAAGUGAUACAUUAGCAGUUCAAUAUUUGCUAUCAAACUAUAAACAAGUAUCGGAAGCACCAAUUGAUAAUUGGUAUGCUGGUUGGUUGCCAGUUAUUGGUCUAAUUGUUGCUGUUCUUCUUGUCCUUUGUCUUCUUUCAAUUCUUCUUUCAAUGCUCUGCGCAAAAUGUUUUUGCUGUUGUAAAAAGAACAAAAAAGAAAAGUACGAGGUCACGAAACCGGCAACCUAUAAAUCAAUCGAGCCAUUAUAUGUUAUUACUCCACCAUCGACUUUGAAUCCUCGUUUACAUGAUGCGAUUUAUUCGACGCCAUAUUCGGGCAGUCCAUUGCCUUAUCCACCACCACCAGGAACUACUGUACCACACACACCAAAUUCGACAUAUCGUUAUCGAAUUGAUACUUUGAAUGGAUCUGGAGGCAAAAGAAUACCAAGAGAUGUUGCUGAAACUGGAUCAUUGGGACAACUUCCGAUUGAUGAACAAAGAAUUUCACAUCCGAUUUAUACACCAAUUGAUACUGCAUACGGAACAAGUGAGUUAUUUGGAAUAUGAAUCAAAUUAUAAUAAAAAUAAUGAUUUCGUGCUCAAGAUUGAAGAAAAUUGAGAGAGGAUCAAGCUCUUAUUUUUCAGUUUUUUUUUCACAGAGUCAAAAAAAUUAAUCACAAUUUUUGAACACUGAAUUUUUUCUUCUCAAAUCUCAGUACAGUACCCCAAACUCCCAAACUUCUAACUUGAAAAAUAAAAAAAGUGAUUUGAAAAUCAGGAAAUUUUCGGCCAAAGCUAGUUACAGUAAUCUCGGUUAAUUUUCUAAAUUUCAGUAGAAAAAAAUUUGAAAAUAAAAUUCAUUUUUUUUGCAGUUCCUCGAGCUCGUCUCGCUUCUCCAAAUUCUCCAACACUUUCCGGUGGAAAUGAUCCACAUUUCCUUGAUCCUCGACGACGACAAGAAACACAAACUCGCGAAGAACUCAUCUACUAA